UUCUCGUUAUCCUGAAUACAGGUACGACAGGCUGGCGACAGAUCACACCAUGGGCGACCAAGGAGAAGAAGAUGUCGUGGUGGUGAAUGAGACAUCGAGCCGCCAUGGCGUCGAUGAUGCUCUGGCGAAGCGUGUCCUGCGCAAGAUCGACAUGAGGCUUGUGCCGCUGUUGUUCAUCACGUAUGGGCUCAACUUCAUGGACAAGACGAUCUUGUCCAGCGCAUCUGUCUUUGGGCUCCAGGAUGACACGAACCUACAAGGCCAAGACUACAGCUGGGUCUCGUCCAUCUUCUACUUUGGCUAUCUAGCCUGGACCUACCCCACCAACAUCCUCAUCGCCCGGCUCCCCGUAGGCCGCUACAUGACAGCCAACGCCCUGGUCUGGGGCGUUGUCGUGGCCCUCACGGCAGCCUGCACCAACUACGGCGGCCUGCUCACAGUGCGCUUCCUCCUGGGCGCCGCCGAGGCCACCAUCACGCCGGCCUUCAUGUUCAUCACCACCAGCUGGUACACCCGCGACGAGAUCCCCGUGCGCACGGGCAUCUGGUUCUCGGGCAACAGCAUCGGCGGCAUGGUCGCCUCGCUGUUCGCCUUUGGCGUGGGCCACAUCACCGACAGCAUCGGGCCCUGGCGCUGGAUGUACAUCAUCCUCGGCGCGGCCACCUUCCUCUGGGGUCUCGUGCUGUGGCUGGCCCUGCCCGACAGCGUCUCGACGGCGCGCUUCCUCACGCCCGAGGAGCGCCAGUACGCCGCGGACCGCAUCAUCGUGGCCGGCACAGGCCGCACCGAGGCCGCCGCCUGGAGCUGGGCCCAGGCCCGCGAGUGCCUGGCCGACCCCAAGACCUGGUUCCUCGUCGGCCUCGAGAUCACCACCCAGAUCCCCAACGGCGGCACCCAGAACUUUGCCAACCUCGUCAUCGAGUCCUUUGGCUUCACCAGCCUGCAGAGCACCCUCGUCAACAUCCCCUACUCUCUGCUGUCCGGCGGCUGCAUCUUCUUCACCGGCUGGCUGGCCGGCCGCUUCCGCCAGGCCCACUGCCUGCUCGUCGCCGCCGUCGUCCUGCCCUGCGUGGUCGGCGCCGCCCUCAUCUACGCCCGCGCCCGUGUGGCCCUGGGCGUGCAGCUGUUUGGGUACUUUCUGCUCUGCACGGGAUCCUCCGCCAUGCCCCUCGCCCUGUCGCUCGUGCAGGCCAACUACCGCGGCGUCACCAAGAAGCUGACCGUCACGUCUCUGCUGUUCCUCGCCUACUGCACCGGCAACAUUGCUGGCCCCCAGUUCUUCCGGUCGGCCGAGGCGCCCCUCUACCAGACGGCCUUCCGCACCAUCAUGAUCUGCUACUCGCUGGCCGUGGCCUUGGCUCUGGGCUUGCGGGUGUACCUGGCACGAGUGAACGCGAGGAGGACGAGGGACGAAGGUUUCGAGGGGAGCGCGGGUGCGUCGGGCGCUGUGGGCGGCGGGAAAGUGGUCGAUAUCGCCCAGGGCGGGGCAGAUGCUGUCUCAAGGGUGGAGUUGAGAGGUGAGGAUUACGAGGAUGUGACGGAUUGGCAGAUUGCUGGGUUUCGAUAUCGCUUGUAG